AUGGUGUUCCUUCGUAAAAGUUUCAGACGCUGGAUGACCACGGGGGCGGACGUUUCGAGUGCAAGUUUAACAGGAGUCCAAAUUAAGCAUCAAGGAGUUUGUCCGAACACGCUGAAUGCCAACCUCUGGGUCGAUGCACAAAGCACCUGCGAGAGGGAAUGUAACGUCGACGAGGACUGCGCAGACUUUGAGAAGUGCUGCACCAACGUGUGUGGGCUCAAUAGCUGUGUGGCGGCCCGGUUCUCUGAUGGCACACCAGCCCAGCCAGACGGCCUGGAGCGUGGAGCAGGCGGGGACCAGGUCUCAGUUGCCACCUGCCAGGGCUUCAUCUGCAGCCAGCAGGGGGCCACCUGUGACAUCUGGGAGGGCCAGCCCAUCUGCAAGUGUCAGGACCGCUGCGAGAAGGAGCCCAGCUUCACCUGCGCCUCCGACGGCCUCACCUACUUCAACCGCUGCUACAUGGACGCCGAGGCGUGCGUACGAGGGGUGACCAUCACGGUGGUCACCUGUCGCUUCUACCUGGCUGGGCCCCAAGCCAGCCCUCUGCCCCAGGACACCACAGCCAACCCCACCCCAAGCUCCCCCCUGGAGGACCCCAUGCCCCCGACGCUCCUCUCCAACCCCAGCCACCAGUCCAUCUACGUGGGCGGCACCGUGAGUUUCCACUGCGACGUCAUCGGGGCGCCGCGGCCCGACGUCACCUGGGAGAAGCAGACCGAUCGCAAGGAGCGCCUGGUGAUGCGUCCCGACCAGAUGUACGGCAACGUUGUCAUCACCAACAUCGGUCAGCUGGUCAUCUACAACGCCCAGGUGUGGGACACGGGCAUCUACAGUUGCAUCGCCCGCAACAGCGGCGGGGCCCUGCGCGCCGACUACCCCCUGUCGGUCGUCCGGCGCUCCGACGACGACUUCUCCGAGGACCCGGAGUUGGGGAUGUCCAUGGGGCGUCCGUUCUCGCCCGCCGACUGCCUGGCGGAGGUGGACCGGCGAGACUGCGGCGGCGAGCGCCAGGUGGACUGGUACUACGACAGCAAGCAGGCCACCUGCGUGGCGUUUGGCAACAACGGCUGCGAGGACGGCCGCAACCGCUUCCAGACGUACGAAGAGUGCCGGGCGUCGUGCCAGCGGGAGGGCGCGGGCACCUGCUCCCUGCCCGCCGUCCAGGGCCCCUGCAAGUCGUGGCAGGGCCGCUGGGCCUGGAACUCCCUCUCCAAACAGUGCCAGGCCUUCGCUUACGGCGGCUGCCACGGCAACGCCAACAGCUUCCGCAGCAAGAAGGAGUGCGAGGCCAGCUGCCCCCACGCCAAGAGCCGGCCCUGCAAGACGUGCCGCGUCAAGGGCAAAAUGGUGCCCAGCCUCUGCCGAAGCGACUUUGCCAUUGUGGGCCGACUGACGGAGCUCAUCGAGGACCUGGACUCUGGGAUCGCCCGCUUCAGCCUGGACGAGGUGCUGCGUGAUGAGAAGAUGGGCCUGGCCUUCUUCAACACCAGGCACCUGGAGGUGACGCUGGCUAAGAUAGACUGGGGCUGCCCCUGUCCCAACAUCACCAUGGAGGAUGGCCCCCUGCUGGUGGUGAUGGGGGAAGUGCAGGAUGGCAUGGCCGUGAUCCAGCCAGACAGCUACGUCAGACCCAUUACAGACCGGAGGCUGAAGAAGAUCCGCGAGGUGAUAGGGAAGAAGACCUGUCAAAUGCUCCACAGGUUUCAGGACUGA